UCUCCGUGGCACAUCGGUUCAUCGAGUUUCGAUCCUCGACUCUGGAGAAGCGGUAUCGAGCACACGUCGCCGCGAUGAGAAACGCAAAUCACUUAUUCGUAGUCCUGGCCGUUCUGAUAUUUUCUACCUCUCUAAACCAGGCGGAGAAGUUGAAAGCGAACGUUAGACGAACGUCGGGCCUGGUCCCGUACCCGAGGAUCGGCCGGAACGCAGAGAUGCUGAGACCGAGGCCCGACCGUGCCGCCGGAUUGGUGCAGUUCCCGAGGGUCGGCCGAUCCGAUCUACCAGCCUCGAAUGUUAAUUUCAACCGGUACCGCGAUCCCGAGAACGACGGGGAUCUCCAGUUUUAUAACGUGCGCGACCUGGAGCUGGAUGCCGCCCUCGAUCAGGAUUACGAAGGAUUCCAAGGAAGAUCGAGGAACAAGAACAGCCGGGACCAAUGGAUCACGGGCGAGCGUUCGCGGGAGUAUCGACCGGCGCAGAAGAUCGAUGAGCCGAGGCCGCUGUUCGCCCAAGGUCCCCGGAACAGUCAGCUGCCUCUGAACGACUACACGCCGCGGCUGGGACGCGAGACCGAAUUUUAACGAGCUUCCGGCGAACGAUCUUCGACACCGGCCAUCCGACGACCGAGAAGUUCACUGGCGCACAUUUCCGACAUCAAGACUCGUUGAUCCGUUCCAGUGACGCAUAAUAUUAACUUUGUACAGAAUGCUGCAAAUAGAUUCCUCUCUGUACACGAA